AUGUUGUUCGAAGAGCGAGUUACAGUGCUGCCAACAACGACUACUGAAGUAACAUCAACCCCAGUCUCCAAAACCUGCCAAGUUUGCUCCGACAUCGCCAGCGGUUAUCAUUUCAAUGCUCUUACUUGCGAGGGAUGCAAGGGGUUCUUCAGGAGAACCAUGAAGGCUGGAAAGCAGUUCCGAUGCGCGUACGAGGGCAACUGCAAGAUCAACAGAAACAACAGGAGACACUGCCAGGCCUGUCGAAUCCAGAAGUGCCUUUUGAUCGGAAUGAAGAAGGAGUGCAUCAUGUCGGACGAGCAAAUCAAACGAAAGCGCGAAUUAAUCCAGCACAAUCGAAUCAAACGAAUCCAACACGAAAUUCCGGAACUCAGCGGCGACGAACUCGGCCGACUCAAUAAUAUCGAGAGAGCUUUUGCUGAAUCCACCGAGCAAACAUCCCAACAAACAGACGUCGACAUCGAUUUCACCCGCCUGGUCGGCUUGUACGAGCAAUUCUCGCCAGUCCGCCGCUCUGAAAGUCUAACUGUCAUCAAAAAGGCAACGAAUGGAUGCAUCGAAGAAGUGAACCUGGCGCAGGUGCUAUUUUUAAAGACCCUCGGGCAGCUCGUUAAUGAAGUCGCUACUUUUGCCAAGAACUUGGAACCCUUCAACAGAUUGUCGAAAAAUGACCAACGAGCGCUUUUGAAUGGAUCUAUUGCUGAAUUGGUUCAUAUUCGGUUGAACAAACUCUUCGACACGGAAUCCAACGAGUUCAUCAUCUCUUCCCACUCACUGAACAUCGCCGAAUCUCGAAUCCCCUCUCGUUUGAUUGAAGAAAUCUACCGAUUCCACCACCGAAUGUCUUCUCAAAAAGUCGACGAUACUGUCGUUGCGAUUCUCUGCGCAAUCACGCUCUUUUCGCCCGAUAGACCAGGAGUCGAAGAUACAGACACGGUUGAAGAGCUACAGCACGAACUGACCUGCUUGUUGCAAAGUUAUAUUACAGGCACAAGAAGGAAGAAUAUCUCUAGCUUCGCGACGCUCCUGAAUCUGCUCGUAAUAAUUCGACCAAUUUCCAGUCUUAUGCGCCUCUGA